ACUGCCUAAGGGCACUUGUUCCCAUCCUAUCGUUAAAAUAAAAACAAAUCGUAACUCAUGACAAAUUCACAAUCGUAGCAGUCGAUUUAAGGGGAAGAAUCGGUGCUUCGAUUUUCUUGUUCAAGAGAAAUUUGUUCAAGUGUUUAGGGAUUCCUGUGCAAAUCAGGUUUAUUUUCGUUGAUUGAUUUUACUCUCUUUUUUGGGGGAAAGAAACGAGGAGGUUGAGGAAGAGGGAUCAAUGAUGGCUAAUUGUGAUGAGAUAGGUUUUGAGUUACCUGAUGAUGUCUUGGUUGAGAUUCUUUGCCGUUUACCCGAAAGGUCUCUUAUCAGACUCAAGUGUGUCUCCAAUUCAUGGCACAACUUAAUUAACAAUGUCUGUAUUCCUAAAUUAUCAGCCACUGCACCCGUUUGCGGGUUCGUCGUUCAUUCUAGCAUGGUGGAAGGCCGUUAUACAAACGAACUUGUGUAUGCUACUUUGACUUCUCCUCCUGACGCUGUCGCUAUUGCCGAAGCUGAAGAAUUUGUUCAGUCAUAUGAGGCCCUUUUGCCAUUUAUUCCGGCUCCACGGGACUUUCUUGAUUGUUGCAAUGGACUGCUUCUUUUUCUCAGGGGCUGCGAUUGUUGGGAGAGCCGCGCUCCGGGAUGUACAGUCUACCUUCAGUACUAUGUAUGCAACCCUGCUACCAAACAGUGUGUGGAGAUCCCUGGUUUUGUUGGAGAAUACUCAAAAUCUUAUACUUGUUUGGCUUUUAACCCUAGCAAGUCCCCGCAUUAUAAGGUUGUACGUAUGGUGUACAUACGUUGCAAGCAUGGUGAUUGUUAUUGUGAAGUACUGAAAUUGAACAUAUUCUCUUCAGAUACAGGGAAGUGGAUUACUCUCGAAAUGCCAGCUAAAGCUUCAGUUCGCAUCAGAGUGUCAAACAAAUAUAAUCAUGAAAAUGAAAAAUAUUAUCAUGGAUAUGGAAUAAGAAAAUAUUCUUGGAUCACGCGUGUUAUUUAUUUGGAUGGGGUGCUAUAUAAGUUAUCAACUGAGAAGCUCCUUUUGUGUUUUGAUCUCAAUGAAAUGAAUGUCCGAGAAAUUGAGCUGCCAGAGAGGGGUACAAGUGACAUGGGAAUUAUUGGUGCAUCCAGAGGUCGUUUAUAUUAUGCUUCUCAUGAUGGGACUAAGGUGCUGAUUUGGCUUCUAGAGGACCAUAGUCUAAAACUUGGUUCUCCAUGGAUUAUGAAGCCUAUCCUCUGCAAUAACCCUUCGAUUGAAGAUCCAAUGCUCCAACUUCUAUAUUUAAUUCAUGAAUAUUGUCCAUUCGGGUUCGGGCCCUAUGCAUGGCAUCCGACUUCUGAAGUUUUGUUCCUUGGGGAUUGUCAUGUAAUAUUUAGCUAUCAUCUUGAAAGCAAAAGGUUGGAAAUUGUUCUCGAUAGGAACAACAUAGAUGUACACAGGGGUCGUCUUUACCCAUACUCUCGUUGCUUGGUCAGUCUGAAAGAUUUCCUUCCGAGGCAUUAUGGAUCAAAUCAAUCUUUGAUUCAACUCCUUUCUCUCAUGGCUCUUACCCCCCGCUGGAGCGAGCAAGAUUGCUUGUUGCGCACUUAAGAUGUAUGGCUUAGUCAUGGUGGAUUGGAUACAGAACUUCAAUGAUUCUUUUCUCCAAUGCGGUCCAGCGGGGAUCAGUGACCAUGCACCAAUGGUGAUGCAGUUUGGUAGCUAGAUGAAGUCCCUUUUUUUUUCCCAACCAAUUAGCAUCAAAUGGCAGACUUGACUGUUAAUUUUUGUUUGAAAUGUGAAGGAACAGAUUCAGCAAUGGGACUAUCCAAGUUGACCAAGGAAAUCCUGGUUCAGAAGUGAGAAGUUGAUAUCUGUCGUACCUUUUGUUCUGCUCUACGGCUCUACCUUAGAUGGCUUAAUGAUACUGGAGAUGAGACCUUAGUAUGCAAUAGGUUGGAAUAUUUUACCCUACUCUCAUUACUAGGCGUAUGUGGAAGAUUUCCUUUUGCUAAUAUUUCUCCAACUUAUUUGUUAAGGUUGGAAUAUUUAUAGUCAUUAGCUUAUUUGCAUCAUUAACUUAUUCGCUAUGUUACCAAUGAAAGAUGGCUCGGUUGCCAAUCGGUUGCUAUUUAAAAAUAAAGUAACUUAUUUGUUAUG